UUACAACGCGUCGCGUGCUCUGCUACGCACCCCCGUCAAGGUGCUCUUUGCUCUCCCGCUCUCGGAAUUCAAAUCUUCGCUCACUUUUUAUUAUUCAAAUACCGAUCAAAUAAAAAAUGUCACCUCAUAAUUUUAUUUUUUCUCCCCAUAUUUAAUUUUUUUUUCUCGACUUGUUAAUUAUUUUAUUAGUGAUGUUAAUUAAUAACUAUUCGAAAUUUUACACUAAAGUUAAUAUAAAAGUGACAGUGGCAUGUGUUUAUAAAUAUAUAAAUUUAUAAAAACUUGUGUUAAAUUUUUUUUUGUUAAUUAAUUAAUUUUAUUGUUAUAAGACAGCAAUGAAGAGUAAUUAGUGUUUUAUGUAUAACACAUCAGUGUUAAAAAAAAGUGGAACCAGUGGAAGCAGCAGCGACACGCCCGGACUGAACGAUCCCGAGAUUAGAGAUAACCCCUCAGACUUUUACUGCAGCAAAGCGCGAGAUAAGACGGCGAAAUGAGCGAGCUCUUCAUUCCAGGUUACGAGAUGUUCUGAAGUAUCGAAAAAAAAAAAUAUAAUUAAUUUAAAAUCAUGAGGAUAGCUCUCAUUUUAGUGACUCUCGUGUUCGAGAUUAAUUUAUAUUUUACAGAAAGUGAGGCCAUGCAGCAGCAGAAGAAGACAAAUGGCGAUAAUGCGAUUGUCCGUACAGAUGAUAAUAAUAAACUCGCUGACGAAGAACUUGGCGCUCGUGCACGUCAAGUUGUUGCACAAAAAGGUGGAACUGCAACAUUGCCAUGUAAAUUUUCUGAACCCGGUGCUGGAAUCGUGACAUGGGUGAGAAGAAGAGACAGGCAAUUGUUAACCGUCGGAACGGCGACACACUCAGUGGAUAAUCGAUUUAUGAUAAGAGUGUCCAGUUCUGAUUGGGCACUUGUUAUUCGUCGCGUUACACUAGAUGACGCUGGUCUUUAUGAGUGUCAGAUUGCAACUUAUCCAGUAGAACAACACUUUGUACGUCUGGCGGUAACAGAAGCGUACUCGGUGAUACCCGGUGGCCCGGAUCUACAUGUCAAGCAAGGCUCGAGUUUGAAACUCGAGUGCCACCUGAUGGCAGCCACCGAGCCGCCAAAUUUCGUGUUCUGGUAUCAGGAAGGACGCAUGAUUAAUUACGACGCGGAUCCUCGUGUCAGCGUUGAACUCACUCAGAAUGGGUCUAUUCUUAAGGUUGAAAAAAUUAAAAUUACACAUGGCGGCAACUAUACCUGCUCCCCCAGCAACGCGAAAUCAUCUUCUGUUAAUAUUCAUGUUAUCGAAGAAGAAGAAAAACCAGCCGCAAUGCACGGUGGCGACAGACGGAACCCCAGCCCGGCGAUACUUGCAAGCAACUUUCUCGCUUCCUUGUUGGCCGCCGUCAGCUGGAGGAUACCCGCCUUCUCGAGUCUCUACCCAACGUGAACAAUUCACUUGCUCACAAAACUUUAAUCCGUGUGCAUGCGUGCCGAGUGUUAUUGUUGCAAACUUUGUGGUUUAAACUUAAAGUUAUUGUGUCCUACGAUACGAUACUUUAUUUACAGUGACUCCUUUCCAUAUAUAUAUAACAUAUAUUUAUUACUAAAGUCGCUGCCACUGAAAACUUAUUAAUUUUCCGUGCUAAUUUAUUACGUAAGAUUGCUAUCUGCUUAUCGUUCAAAUUUAAUGACCUGCACAGAAAAAAAAGAUUUCCUGGCGCAAGAAAAAAUUUUCAUUACGAAAAAACAAAAUUUUCUUGCACAGAAAAAAAGAAUUUUUUGGCGUAAAAAAUUUUCACUUGACCCAAGAAAUUUUUUGUAUUAUAAAGUGAAAACAAAACUUUUCUUGGGGUAAGAAAAAAUUUUCUCGGAACAAGAAAAAAAUUUUUUAGGCGAGAAAAAAAUUUCUUGAGCCAAGAAAAAUUUUUGUCUUCAAUUCAUAAUACAAAAUAUUUCUUGCGCCGAGAAAUUUUUUUUUUCUGUGUGGGACUAGAAGAACUUUCUUGGCUCAAGAAAAUUUUUUCUCGCCCCAAGUAAAUUUUCGUGGGAAUAAAAAUUUAUUGCGCCAAGAAAUUAUUUCUUUCCUGUGUAGGAAACGUGUGAUUAUAAUUAAUUAAUUAAUUAAUAAUAAUACUAAUUGUUUAAUGUAUAAAUUAAUGAGAUCGGAUGAUUGAAUAAAUAAAGUGAGUGCUCAAUGAGUGUAAUGGGAUAUAUUUGUCUUGUGUAAAUUAAAAGUAUCCUCGAUGAAGGGAAGCCUUCCAAUAAAAUAACAGACUUGUAAUCCGAGUCGCUAUUAAAUUUUGUAACCAAGACAACACUGAGCUAUUGUUUAUCCUCGAGGUCUUUUGUACUUGUAUAUAUUUUUUUAAAUCUACUUAAUAUUAUCAACAGUAAUUAUUAAUUAGUAAUUACUAAUUAGUCUUCGUUGUAAUUAAAUAAUUAUAACUUUUAUUUACACAGUAAAAAAUAUUGUGUUAAAAUCAACACAAUUUGUGUGUUAGAAACGGUCCACACAAUAUUUGUGUUAUUUUUCAACACAGACUAUUUGUGUUAAAUUUCAACACAAAAUUUGUGUUAAAAUUUCAACACAAAAUUCGAGUAACAUAAGAAGUAACUUCAACACUUUUUAAAUGUUAAUGGUGACACAAAAAAAAUGUUAACUUUUAUAUUUGUACCAUGGAUUAUUUUUAGGUUAUCAAAAGUGUCAACAAUUAUUAUUUAACAUUGAACUAUUAUGUGAUAGUAAACAUGAUCCUAAAGUUAGCAGACAGUCAACAAUUUUUGAAUUUUUUAAUCAACAAAUCAAUUACGAAAAAAAAAUAAAAAUAUGCGCAUGUAGAAAAAUAAAAAAGCUACAGAUGCAAUUUUUUAAAUAUUUUUUUUUUUUAAACUAUACGAAUCAUGAACUUUGUCAACUUUAUUUUUUCAUGUCCAAUUGAAAAUAAAUAAAAUCAAUGUCCCAAAAAUAAUCUAACUAAGCAAAAUGAUGCUUAAUGGCGCUUCUCGCGUGAAUAGAAGGAAGACAUUUUUUUUAACACAAUUCAACUGUCGUUUCAACACUUUUUUUGUGUUGAUUUUAAAGUAACACUUAAUAAAUGUUGAUAAUAUCGAUUUUUGUACUAGGUAACACUUUUAAAGUGUUGAAUAGGAGAUCGAUUGAAAAUUUUAAAGUAACACAAAGAAUUGUGUUGAUUUGACACAAAAUAAUCAACACAAAAAAUUUAACACGGACCGUUUUUAACACAGAUACACAAUAUUUUUUACUGUGUAUUUUAUUGGAUUGUGGAAGGACUUCUCUUCGUACGAUUUAAAUAUUUCACGUUAAUGUUAUUUGAAUUUAAAUAUAUAUUUAAUAAUAAUGUUACUUAUACUUUUGAUUUAUUAUUUAUGUAAAUAAUAUCAAAGGAUUUGUUUUUAUUUCGUUUGACAGAGAGAAGGCCGGCUUUUGAAUUUCUUUUUUUUUAUGUGCUUGUAGAAAAUUAAAUGCUGAAUAUGUAUGAAUGGGAUGUGAUUAAAUGUAUGUCGAAGUAGAGGAAAUUGAUAAAAAAUUUUAAUUAUGAAAAUCGUAAUUUUAAAAUAUUGUACCAACGGUUUUGACUUCAAAAGCCACCGGUCCUUCGAUAAUAUAAAUAUAUAUAUAUAUCUAUAAAUUAUAUUAUAAAUUAUAAAUUAAUUUAUAUGGUUGAUGACAAUUAGAUUUUAAUUAACAAUUAAUGUAAAUAUUAAUAUAUAAGAAAAUUAAAAAAAAAGUCUAA